CAGUGCGACACUCACGUCUCAGUACUUGUAAACAUGAAGAUGUCUUCAAACAUUUAUGAGGAUCCAGAUUUUGCCAUGAACGUGCGACACAGCGAAGGAGUCCGGGAUAAUGAUGAGGAGAGAAAGGAGAGAAUGGUCGAUAUUUACGAGAGCGACGUCAAUUUCUCAGGUGGUCAGGCUGAUUCUUCAACACAUUGUGGAGGAACACACACACACAACCAUCUUCCAGCUACCAAAAGGAAUCCUUUCAAAGCUGCUGCAGUAAUUCUGGGCAUCCUGUGUCUCCUGCUAAUAGUGGGAAUCAGCAUCCUGUUCAAACUCUAUGUUGCAGCUGUUUUAAAAGAAAAAGAACCAAAAACAGAGUCUGAGGAGCCGAUAAGACACAGUUCUGAUGACCUGAGCAACAAUUUCUGCAGAUUCGGGAAAGAGAACCAGACAGACAAGGAAAAAGCAGGGCGUAUCUGCCAGUCAGUGUUGCGUGUGGUAGAAGAACAAAUAAGGGCAUCAACACGAAGCACACAGCAAGUGCAGCAUCUGCUCAGCUGUCUCAGUUGUUCCACAAUGUCCUCAGAUAUUUAUGCCAAACCAGAUUUGUCAAAAAAGGUGAGAUACACCAGAAAGGAGCGAGAAGGCGGAGAAGAAUGGGAAGAGAGGGAGGUGAGGAUCUAUGAGACUGCAGGCGAUGUUGUGGAUAAUCAAACUAAUUUUCACUCACAGGAUGGAGCACCACAGACUCCAAAGCAUCCUACAGUCCAGAGAGGGCUUGUCGGAGGUGUCGUGUUGUGUUUGGUGAUGCUAGCUGGGAUCAUCACUCUGUCCAUAUACAUAUCCUUUCAAAUAAGCGAACUAAACUACAGUAACCAUCAGCUGCAGGACAAAUUUACAGUUAUGGAAAGUAACUUCAGUCAGCUGCAGGCCAAACUUACAGUUAUUAAAACUAACUUCAGUCAGCUGCAGAGCCGUCAUGAAAUCCUGAGUAAAAAUCACAGCCAGUUAAUGGAUGAAAUGAUGAAGCUGAAGAAGAAGAUUGACGUAUCCUUGAAAAUAAGCGAACUAAACAACUGUAACCGUGAGCUGCAGGACAAACUUACAGCUACGAAAACUAACUUCAGUCAGCUGCAGAGCCGUCAUGAAAUCCUGAGUAAAAAUCACAACCAGUUAAUGGAUGAAAUGAAGAAGCUGAAGAACAAGACUGAAGUAUCCUGGAAAAUAAGUGAACUGAACAACAGUAACAGUCAGCUGCAGGCCAAACUUACCGCUACGGAAACUAACUUCAGUCAGCUGCAGGAUGAAAUGAAGAAGCUGAAGAACAAGACUGAAGUAACCUUUAAAAUGAGCGAAAUGAACAACAGUAACAGUCAGCUGCAGGUCAAACUGGAAGCUAUGGAAACUAACUUCAGUCAGCUGCAGGAUGAAAUGAAGAAGCUGAAGAACAAGACUGAAGCUACGAAAACUAACUUCAGUCAGCUGCAGAGCCGUCAUGAAAUCCUGAGUAAAAAUCACAACCAGUUAAUGGAUGAAAUGAAGAAGCUGAAGAACAAGAUUGAAGUAUCCUUGAAAAUAAGCGAACUAAACAACUGUAACCGUGAGCUGCAGGACAAACUUACAGUAUCCUUGAAAAUAAGCGAACUAAACAACUGUAACCGUGAGCUGCAGGACAAACUUACAGCUACGAAAACUAACUUCAGUCAGCUGCAGAGCCGUUAUGAAAUCCUGAGUAAAAAUCACAGCCAGUUAAUGGAUGAAAUGAAGACGCUGAAGAACAAGACUGAAGUAUCCUUAAAAAUAAGCGAACUGAACAACAGUAACCGUCAGCUGCAGGACAAACUUACAGUUAUGGAAACUAACUUCAGUCAGCUGCAGAGCCGUCAUGAAAUCCUGAGUAAAAAUCAAAGCCAGUUAAAGGAUGAAAUGAAGAAGCUGAAGAACAAGAUUGAAGUAUCCUGGAAAAUACGCGAACUAAACAACAGUAUCAGUCAGCUGCAGGCCAAACUUACAGCUACAAAAACUAACUUCAGUCAGCUGCAGAGCCGUCAUGAAAUCCUGAGUAAAAAUCACAACCAGUUAAUGGAUGAAAUGAAGAAGCUGAAGAAGAAGAUUGAAGAGAUCUGCUGUCCUGAUGGAUGGAAAAGAUUUGGACGCAGUUGUUACUUUAUAUCCACCGAGAGUAAAACCUGGUCAGAAAGCAGGAACGACUGUCAGGAAAGAGGAGCUGAUCUGGUGAUCAUAAACAGCAAAGAGGAACAGGAAUUUGUCAGUAAACUGAGUAAAUAUUUCUGGAUCGGUCUUCAAUGGAAAGAACAUGGAUGGAAAUGGGUGGAUGGAUCUCCACUGACAGAAACGUUCUGGGAAGAUGGAGAGCAGAACAUAUACAACAGUUACUACCGAGUGUACAACAAUUAUGAAGGGAAAUGGGUAGCAAAAGGUUCCAGUUAUACUGAUUACUGGAUCUGUGAGAAAAAUUCUUCUGUCUCUCAGUGAUAUAAAUGUUUUUGCAGUGAUUAAACUGUCAAUUUUGACCCCUAAAGACAUUGAGAAAAGUUUUCUUUGUUGUAAAUUUCAGAUGUCGUGUGUCACUCAUAAUCUACAUAUAUCGUCCCUCUGUAGUCUAAUAUAUAGACAGAGUAGUGAAGGUGGAAGUCAUCCAUACAACAACAACAACAUAUAAACUUUGUUCCACUCAUUUAUUGUAAAACAAGGAAAACUGCAGCCUCUCUUUACUUUGUUUACUUGCUUGAUUUAUGAUGUUUUUCUUGCUAAAUCUACAGUCAGUAUCAUCUUUAAUUUAUCUGGCACACAUGAAGGUAGCAGCUGAAGAUUUUAACAAGAAGAAAAAUCCUCAAUCUUAGUUGUUUUAAUCUGGAUUGUGUGAAUAACUGCAGACUGAUCAAAGCAGGAGAACUUUCCUCCUUCUGAUAAAUGUAAACAGAAAUGUGUUACGUUUCUUUUGCAAACAGCAGGAUGUACUGGAGAAUGACGUUAGUGGAUGCUUCUAUGGGCCACAACUAAUGUCUACUUUUUACAUGUAGUACAAUUGUAAGGAUUGUGUUUUUAUACUGAGAUGGAAAAAGUAAAGAUACUGAGCUCUGGACAAAUGAGAAUUUGUGUUCUACAAAUUUAACUAAACACUGAAAAACAACAUAUUAUGUUGGAUGAUAUAGAAAAAAAAGUUCAACUUGUCAUCCAGGCACUAAUAUGUGGACAUUUCUAAAAGUCCCCCAGUUACAAAACAAUCUUACUUUUUGUUAAAUGUUUUUAUUUCUUAUCAGUAUUUGAUCCUUUUUACUCAUUCUAGACAUGUUGUGUAUGUUGCAUUGCUAAACCUGAAAUUAAAUCCUAUAUCUUAAGCCUCUACUUCUGCAACCUCACAGACCUUGCAGUGCUUGUUUAGCUUCUAUCAGAACGUCAGUGGGAUUCACUGUUUUCAUGAACCCUGUGAAAUGUGGACUGAAGGCAUGACUGGUGAAACUUGCACUGAGAUCUAAACAGCUUUCAAAUAAAUGUCUGUUUUCAUGAUUUAUGAUAUUUAUUCAAUCAAAUGAAACUUAUUUUUCCAACAUGUGUGUCAGUUUCUACUUUAUGUUGUUAGACAGAUUUUAUUGUACUGGUUAAUUAUCCAAGGCCAUGAUUAUGUUUCAGUGAGGAAACAUUUUAGUAAAAUUGCAAAGAUGUUUGAUUAAUUAAAAAUACAUAAAU